AUGCCUCCCGUUGCGCCCAUCAAUGCCGGUCAGCAUGGCCCCUCCAACAUGGAAAAGUUCAAGAUGGGUGCCAUGAUGGGUGGAACUGUUGGUGUUAUCAUGGGCUUUGUAUUCGGCACCGUCAACAUUUUCCGAUACGGAGCUGGCCCCAACGGAAUCAUGAGGACUCUGGGCCAGUAUAUGCUCGGAUCCGGUGCCACCUUUGGCUUCUUCAUGUCUAUCGGUAGCGUCAUCCGAUCCGAUGCCGACCCCAAACUGCACGAAAUGUACAUGCGAGCGCAGCGACGACCCAUAGUGAAUAUGGCCAACCCCGCUUGGAGGAAAUCAUGA